AUGGAUGUGGACAUGAUGAAAUCAUCAUCAGGAGAGGAACACAUGGACAUGAUGACAAUGAUGAUGCAGAUGGAAAAGCUUCCCGAUUUUUGCAGUGAGCCUUUCCACAACAUUACUAACACUUCAACACUACUACAAGAAAUCCAAUUCUCGAAUGGAAAUCCUACUAGUGUUGUAGCUUCAUCACCUAUCUAUCAUGACCCACAUGCAUCUUCACCACCGAUGAUAAAUCCAACUCCUUGCUCCCUGCCAUUUAUGGGUACUCCAAUCCAAGAACCAAUGACCCCACCACUUCAACACAAUAUGAUGGCCAACAAAUUCAAAUAUAGUACUCCAUUCUCGAAUGCAAACUCUUUCUUAUCUUCGAUAGAGAAGAAAAACUCCACUACAGCAAUUAGAGAGAUGAUCUUUCGCAUAGCAGCAAUGCAGCCAAUACAUAUAGACCCGGAAUCGGUAAAGCCUCCGAAAAGAAGGAAUGUCAAGAUAUCUAAGGAUCCACAGAGUGUGGCUGCGAGGCAUAGAAGGGAAAGAAUAAGUGAGAGGAUAAGGAUUCUCCAGAGAUUAGUUCCAGGAGGCACCAAAAUGGACACGGCUUCUAUGUUAGAUGAGGCUAUACAUUAUGUGAAGUUCUUGAAGAAGCAAGUGCAAUCUUUAGAACAAGCAGGUGCGAAUAGGCCAAUGGGUGGUUUUGGCUUCACGGGAGCGACGAUGCCUAAUGUAGGUUAUUCUUCUUUGGUAAAGAAUUGCCAGUCUGCUACUACUAUGGCGGGCACAAUUCAGAUGCUUAGAUGA